AUGACUGCUGGGGGAGUCUCUCCUUCAAGCUCCCCGCGGCUUCCCAGUCCUCCUCCAUUUACUGAGGUUCAAAUUGGGCCUCAGUCGCCGUCAGUUGGCGAGCCAUUUGGCAAAGACGCAGACCUUCUUGGUGUUGCUAUGGGGGGAAAUGACGGUUCGACGCGCAGAAUCCGGUCAGGGACCAAGUCUGCCAACAUGGCAUCUGGCCCCCCAGUGAUACCCCUUUCGCAGAUUAAUUCUCCAUUCCCGCUCCAGGAACACCUGAAAUCUCAUUACUACAAGCUUGCGGCCCUGUAUCCUAAACUUAUGGAGAAGUACGAUGUGCUUAUGAAGGAGUACGACCAGCAGAAAGGCAAAGCAAUCGACAAGGUGGACCCGAACUACAAUGCACUUAUGGAGGAGUACAAUGUGCUUAUGGAAGAGUACGAUGAGCGAAAGAGCCAAGAGUCUGACAAAGUGGAGAGCGAUGUUGCUAAAGAGCCGACGAAACCGGAGAGCAUUGCAGAAAAGCUGACAGAACCCCCAAAUGGGGUUGAUGAGACACAUUGGAUAUACGAGCUGUGCCGCUUCUUCACUAUGGAAGUUAAUCGUCUGAUCCAGGGCUUUCUCGACGAGAGCCCGCCCUGCUCGGCGCAAACUUGCCCGGAGAUGCGAGUAGUCGAGUGGCAAUAUAUUUGCGCAUUGCACCCCACACAAGCUUGCUGCGCGAUUGACUAUUGCUGCCACACUCUAGAUUGGGCCAUGGACACUCUCACAUCCAAGACUUUGUUCUCCAGCGGAGCUAAGAAGAUAGAAUCUAAAGGUGCCAGACUCUUGCCAGAUAUCUUCCGCCGUCUUUAUCGCAUCUUCGCACACGCAUGGUUCCGGCAUCCUGGUGUUUUUUCGAAGGUAGAAAAGCAAGGCGGCCUGUACGUCUUUUUCAAGACCGUUUGUGUUCACUACAAUCUUGUAGGGGACUACACAAUUCCUCUUACAGCCGGAGGACCCGAUGAAGUCGCAGCAGCCCAGAAAAGAAAAGAGACUGAAGAAAAAAAGAAGGAAGCUGAGAAAAAAGUGACCAAAGAAAGGGAAGCGGAGGAAAAAACUGUUAAUAGCAGCAAUCGCUUCACUAUUCUGCGCAAAGACGGUGAAAGCUCAUUUGAUACCACUGUGGAGAGUCAGGACCCAGCGCUCGUCACUAGCGCCACCACCCGUCGUCACAAACACAGUCCUUCAACGGGCUCGCGUGUUACAACCAUUGCGGAGGAUGCGGAGGAUUCGGAAGAGAUUACGCCAUCCCUGCUGCGUGAGCCCCCCAAGCGAUCGCCCGAACCCCGGCCCGUUUCUGUUUUGGGAAUACAAACUAGAGGGGAAGAUACUGCCACUGAUGAGCAACCUACUGAUGUGGAAAAACACACCGAAGAGCCAGUUGAGGAACCCCAGGAACAGCCACUACAGGCACCCUAUGAGCAGCUGUCUGAAACACCUGAAGAACAGGGGAAAACUGAGCAGGCUGAGCAGAACGAGCACACUACAGAGCUCGUCUCUGAAGAGUCUGCUACGAACACAGAAUUGCCUGUCGAAAAGUGUGUUACGGAAGGCGAUGAGAAUAAGGCUUGCUGCGAAGAGACUACUUCAGCUGAAGAGCCCGAAGCGAAGAUGGAGGCGGCGCAAGAGCCGCCCGUUGCCCCUGAGACUAAAUACGAGCCGGAGAAAGACAAAUCUUGA